CCGCCCCUUAGUUUUGAUUGGCUAAAGCUUCCUGACAUUUUCUUCCGGGUACACAGCAAGGGAGACGGGGAGAGGAGAGCGCCGCCGCCGCUGCUGCUGUAUGUGGAUUGUUUGCUGCGGCACAUUCUCUUUAUCACCCUCAUGCUCCCCUCACUGCUGCCAUGAGUAACUCCACGGAUUCUGGAUCAAGUGAUAUGAAUGCUGAUUCAAUGGGAGGGAUUGUUCUGGUUCCUUUCUUCCUUAUCACUGUGCUUGGUGUAGUUGUGGCUGUGAUCAUGUAUGUAAAGAAGAGGAAAAGAGUGGACCGACUUAGACAUCAUUUACUUCCCCUGUACAGCUAUGAUCCUGCGGAAGAGAUACAUGAAGCUGAGCAAGAGCUAUUGGGACAAGACACAAAGGUCUGUCACUACACUGACAACCAAAACGCAUAGGUAGUACAAGGCUGGACAAGUGGAUAUCAUCAGUAUAAAAGGGCAUCGUUAAGGGAUGUGACGGCAUGAGCCUCUCUCACUGAAGCUAUCUGGACAUGGUCUGAGAAGAACACUGCCUCUGUCCUGUCAAAAAACAAAUGGCUAUUCUUUAUUUAAAGCGGUUUUAAUAAUUAAUAUAUUAUGUCCAUAAAAAAUGUUCACAUAUGUUAGAGUGUUUGCAUUUGAAUAUAUGAAGUGAGAUAUGUUUUAUCUAUAUACUCAAUUUUAUAUUCAUAUGCAAAAGCAUCUGCAUAGGCUAUUUAUUAGGCUCAGAAGGUUCCUUAGCUGUCUUAUGUGCAUCCAAUGGGUCACGUUAUAAAGACAACUUCUAGUGAAAAUUAAAUUGCUUCUGUAAGAGGUACAAUGCCGAAUUCAUGGUUACAGCAAAUGAGUUCUCGGUAGAGUAUGUGCCCUGUGCUCAGUUUGCUGAAGCACAGUUAUCACAGCCUAGGCUGUGGUUUUAUUUAUUUAUUCUCUGCUCCGUUAUCCCGUCUUAUGAUGUAGGUGAUAGUAAAGGAUGCUAGUGCCUUAUCAGAAAAUGUGCAACGUUUCUUAUCAAAGGCCCCGGCCACAGCAGAACAAUGCCUGUAUCCUGCAAGCUCCUGCUGAGCUGCUUGUGUACACAAGUCAUGUACGGAAAUGUGACGUACUAAUAUACAAGAAAUGCAACGCAUACAGGGCCUAAUUCAAGGUUGAUUACAAAACAACAUUUUCCUCUAAUGGGCAAAACCAUGUGGAGUGCAGGUGGAGCAGAUGUAACGUGCAGAGAUUUAGAUUUGGGUGGGGUUUUUUUUUCAAACUGAAAUCUAGAUUGCAGUGUAAAAAUACAGCAGCCAGUAUUUACCCUGCACAGAAACAAUAUAACCCACCCAAAUCUAACUCUCUGCACAUGUUACAUCUGCACCACCUGCAGUACAACAUGGUUUUGCCCAUUAGAGGAAAAUUUUGUUUUGCAAUCAACUUUGUCCAUAUGCCAUUUUGUGGAAAGAGGAAACGUAAUCAAGGUUUUUGCAUAAUUAAUAUAAAUUAUGGAAAAAAAUCCUCAAUUUGCCUUCAUUUCUCAAGGGUAUAUCUGUACUCUCCCUCUCAAUCUGCCCCUCAAUUCCAGGCAGCACAAUUACUUCUCCACUAUCCUAAUCAGAUGUGUCAUUAUUUGUCUUAUUAUGGUCUAAUGUUCUAUUUUCCUUAAUUUGCUGAUGGAGAUUAAUAUUUUGUAAUUAAACUUAAGUUAUUUUAUAAACAGUGUGAAUGAAGUUUAGCUUUUGUCACUGUGCGAACCACAAUGGAAGUAAAAACCCCUUAUCACCAUGUAAAAGAUGUUGAACCAGUUAAUUUAUUAUAUGUCAUUAAAAUACAUUGUUUGGUUGGA